AUGGCGGAAGCAGUCUCUCUUGCCAGCACUGUACCCCGAGCAGGCGAUGCAUCUCUCCCGGGAGACCAGCAGCCUUCACCAACUCGAUCAGAUGGCUCUGAAGAUGACGAGUACGAGGUCGAUCAAGAUGACGCCCAGUCGUUCAUGCAGCCAGCAAUCAGCCCGUUAGCAACUCUGCUUACAUCUCCCACAGUUCCAGCGGCUGACAAGGCUGCGGUUCUGGAUGACGAGCCUGACAAGGGCGUUUUUGAAGGGCCGGAAAAUGAGCAGUCCGGCCCGCAAUUGCCCAAGGGCAAUGCUCUCGGCCUUCCUACGGCGACUACACACUCGUCUGGACAUGCUUCAACGCCUCAGUAUUCCACGGUUCGGCUUCCUGCACCAUGGCAGGCCGGGCCGAAGCAAUUGGUGAUCACUGAACCAGGCCGGCUUAAGCUACCCACGACCCCUGAGACGCAGACCCGGUCGAGACAUCAACGUUCAUUCUCAGUCGGCGAGAAUGCACUGAGGAGGUUGUCAAGGGCCUUGCCCUCCAUCUCGAUCCCACACGGCCUUAUUCUCAGCAUCCCCACGCCAAGUUUCUUCUCAUCUAGCUCCCUCUCCUCUCACAAAAACGGCCCACCGCCCUCAUCUCGAACGCCAGCAGCACCCUUACUUAUAGAGUCAUCAGCUCUUGAACCCUUUUCUGACCUGGUUACUCCACGAAAGCAGGGAACCUCUGGGUCCCAUAAGCUCCGGAAAACGACAUCAGACGAAUCUCUCCUCUAUCACACAUUAUCUCGAGUUUCCUCUCUAGGGGACGAUGAACGCUUCGCCCAUGUUCGAGAGCCAGUGAAUGUACGAAUCAAGGCCAUCAUGGACAGCUUCGAUGGGCCUUCAUUCAAGUUCCCACAGAUGACGAAUCUGCUCAACACCCCUCUGAAGAAAUCAGCAACUGAGCCAAUGCCGAGAUUUGAUCGGCCGGGUGCCGUGCUGAGCGGCCAACGCGUUGGCCAAGAUCCGCUCGACUCGGUUCUGGACUCACUAACAGGAGACAUCGUGAUAAUGGGAGGAUAUCGCGGCUCCAUUCUGCGAUCAGCAAAAGCCCCUCACAGGCAGCUAUGGGUUCCCGUCAAGGUUCAGCUGGGGGUUCGCAAGGUCAACCUAGAAGUCGGAUUGGAUCCCGCCGACGAGGAGAGCAUGGAGAAACACAUUAUUCCUGGCGGAAUGCUCCAGAACAUCGGCCCAGUUGACAUCUCGAGGCGGCUGUUCAAGAAGCUGAGGGAUUGCAAAAACGCCCGGACCGGUAAACUGAGAGUUCACGACUAUGGCUACGACUGGCGGCUCAGCCCGCACCGUUUAUCCCGCAAACUAGUCGAGUUCCUCGAGAAGCUUCCCUCGAACCAACCAAACGUUCCGCAGGAGCAGCGAGGUGCUCUGGUUAUCGCCCACAGCUUGGGCGGGCUCAUCAGCCGGCACGCGGUGAACCAGCGGCCGGAUCUUUUCUCCGGCGUUCUAUAUGCCGGCGUGCCACAGCGGUGCAUUAACAUUCUCGGACCGCUCCGCAACGGCGACGCCGUCCUCUUGAAUGAGAAGCUUCUCAGUGCGCAGGUUAACUUCUCCCUUCGGACCACGUUUGUCUUCCUCCCCGAGGACGGUUUCUGCUUCGUAGACAAGGUCACAAAGGAAGAGUACAAAGUUGAUUUUUACAACGUCGACGACUGGAUCAAGUAUCGCUGGUGCCCGUGCGUCUCGGGGCCUGCUCUUCCGGCCCUCUCCAGAAGCAACGGGCCCUUUGGCUCCUUUCUCAGCCUAUCCGAUUCCCUCUCGAGCUUGCCCCUCCGCAGCCGGAGCGGAAGCGGCCAGAACAAGAGAAUGUCUAUGGCCGCCGAGGGCUUGCACGGCAUCACCGCCGCCGCCACCAAAGAUAGAAGCCUCGCGCCGCAGAUGAACAGCAGCUCCUCCACUUCCCCAUCGACUUCCCCCUACUUACGCCUCACCAGCAACAACAACAGCACCUGGAGCAGCGCUGCGGCAAAAACAACAACGGCCACAAAGACGGCCACCGAGGAGGCGGCACGCGCGCGCAACAUCGCAUACCUGGCGCGGACGCUGGCGGAAACCAAGCGGUUCCGGGCCGAGCUGGCGCACCGCAAGGAGCACCAGGAGGCCAACGCCUACCCGCCGCUGGCCGUCAUGUACGCCAAGGACAUACCCACGACGUACGCGGCGAGCGUGGCGGGCCGCGAGGGCAUCGCGUGCGCCGACGCGUACGACGACCUGCUCUUCCGCAGCGGCGACGGCGUCGUCCUCGCCCGCGAGGCCAUGCUCCCCCCGGGUUACGAGCUCGUCCGCGACGGCAGGAUUUGCACCGACCGUGGGCAUAUUACCAUGCUGGGCGACUUGGCGGGUGUUGGGAGGGCGCUUGAGGCGCUGGUCAGAGGUCGUAGGAAGGGGAUUGGUUUGGGAGUUGGGAGGGGUUAG